UCUCUCCCUAUUUAUUCCAGUUCCCUCCCCCCAUCCCCCUCUCUGAUGAAGGGUCUAGGCCCGAAACGUCAGCUUUUGUGCUCCUGAGAUGCUGCUGGGCCUGCUGUGUUCAUCCAGCCUCACAUUUUAUUAUCUUGGAAUUCUCCAGCAUCUGCAGUUCCCAUUAUCUCUGACAGUAUAAAUACUCACCCUUCGAUGCCAACAGCCAUUUUGAGUGCGAGCAGCAGCGGAGGCCAGACGGACCCGGAAGGAAAGCAGUGACCAUAUAUAUCAGCAAGGAUAAGGACAUCACUGGUUAGGCAGCACUUACUGCCCAUCCCUAAUUGCCUGGAGGGCAGUUCAGAGUCAACCACCUUGUUGUGGAUCUGGAGUUACAUGUGGGCCAGAUCAGCUCAAAUAAUUGGAGGAGAGUACCGGAGAGGAGCUGAGGAGCGUUGGAAUGGUGAUUGGCCGUUCAUUUGAGGAGGAUUGACUGCCAGGGUUAGGAGCGAAGACCUGAGAAAUGACAUUGUGACUGGAAGCACGGUGCAGACGGGCUGAACGGCCUCCAUACUGUUGCUGUCAGAUUCUGACCUUCUUGCCUGGUGACCCUGGGGGCUGGAAAUGAACGUGUUGGUGAGGGGAGGGGGCGUGGGCAAACAUGAACCCCGUACUGUCGCCCCCUAUGAAUAUUCGCUCACACACAGCCAGUUCAGUCAGAUGGGGGUUGGGGGACUGGAUCCGGCUGCAGUGAAAUUGGGAUCUUCCCUCCGCCGCAGUCAUCGCUUUUGCCGUGAGCAGUGUCAGUGCGGGAGUGCACGGAGCUAACACUUCAUCAGUGUUUUGCAGAGAAACAGGGAGAGGGAGGUAACGUUUCUGCAAUUGGAAAACACCUCCCUCCAUUUGGAAUCGGUACAGGCUGAUCCCCAACUUGGAUAUAAAGCUGAAGCAGAAACAGGGCGGUUCAAAAGGCAUCCCCCCCUCCCCAUCCCAUUCCUUCAGAUCCCGCAGAACGGGAGCUACCUUUUAAUCGGUCGAAAGGAGACAGCAGAAUCAUAUUCGCUUGGCUCAGCCCUGCAGGAUCGGACAGGACGAGAAAGCGAGCUGUGGCUAAAGUAAUUUCAUGCUGAAUCCACAACAUUGAUGAGAUGAUGGUGUAACUGAGUAAUUUGUCCAGCCUUUAUAGACACAUGAUGAAGUAGAGUAGAUCUCAGUGUGUGCUGCCUCUCAGGCUGACAAUGGGGGUUCUAAUGUCCAAGAAGCAGACGGUCGAGCAGGUGCAGAAGGCCAGUGUGGUGGUGUCGGCCUUCAAAGAUGGGCUGAAGGACAAGGGAUCAACCAGGAAUCGGGCUGAGCUGAUCCGGAGAAAGCCGGAGGUUGAGGAGAGCAGUCAAGAUCAGGACAAGGAAGUGGCUGGAGGAUCGGAGGCCAAGACACAGGAGGCAAAGAGGAAUCAGGCAGCUUGGGAGAGGCUGAGGGAUGGCAAAGGAGUUGAGCCCGAGGAGCUGGAAUGGAAUGGCCGGGCUACUCCACCGGCCUUCAUUCGGCCCAAGAGACAGCUUGGAGAUGAUGAGUCGGUUGAUAUUAACCUGCAUGAGAAAGAUGAGGUAGUCAAUGAUGAAAUGUGCGACGUCUGUGAGGUCUGGACAGCAGACGACCUUUAUCCCUGCAGGAUCUGCACCCGGGUCUUUCAUGAUGGCUGCCUGCGACGUAUGGCCUGCCUAAGCCCCAGCAGCAUCCAGGAGCUGAAGGAACUGGCCCACACUACAGUGGGCUGGAGCUGCCAAUACUGUGAUAAUGUGAACCUGCUGCUGACAGAUGAGGAGAUGUUUAGUUUGAAGGAAGUUUUCCGACAAUGCAGGAUCAUCCCAGAGUCCUGCCUGACACUAGAUGAUUUUCUGCAUUACAAACACUACAUUCACAAGCAGAUCUUUGAUGAACAGAUGAACGAGGAGAAGGAGGAAUUAGUUGUGUUGCAGUUUUCAGCUCUGGAUGGUGAUAAGAAGGGCCAGGUGGAGUGGACAGAUUUCUUGUAUCACGAGUCAUUACUGGUGCUGCAGAGAUUCCGGUCUGAGAACUCAUUGCUGAGACUGCUGACAGCCAAGGAACAUGGACGAGCUCGGCGCUGCUUCCUGAGCCUGGAUCAGAACCAAACUGGCUUAAUCACUGGGACUGAGUGUAGGAGAGCACAGAACUCUUGGUUCUGCAAAAAUUCCAAGGAGUCGCAAUCCUGCAAUGUCAGCAUCAGUCACGUUGGGCCCAUCUCUGAGAGCAGCCCGGCCAGCAGAGGGCGUGGGAGGCCACAGGAGAAGACCCUUCUCAUUCGGGAGCAGGAGGACAACAGGCGUGUAGACUGGAAAACAUUCCUGAGGGAAAAUGUGAUCUACAUCCUCGCUGCUCGGCCCAACAGUGCGGCCAUACAUCUCCGGCCUACCAUCUAACACCACGAAGACAGCACCAUUGGCGGACAGCCUGUCGUUCAUCCUCCCCACCCCAAUACUCACCUAUUAUCUAGCUCCUCCCUACCCCAUCCCCACCUUCUCCCAACACCAGCCCUCAAACCCACUCUUCACUCCCACCCCUCUCAACCUCAUUCCCCAUUUUCCCACCCCCUCCCUGUCCCACUCCCCAAUCCCCUUGUACACCCAACCAAACCCAGACCACGCCUCCUCAACCUCCCAGAUUGGAGAUUAGCAAAAAAAAACCGAGUGACAGGUCUGCACUGUCUUGUCGACACCUGUUCCUCACCUUCCCAAAGUGCCCCUGAAUUGAAUUCACCUGAAUAUUCCGUCCUCUAUAAUUUGUAUAUAUAAAGACAGCUUGGGCAGUCUGAUAGACCAACAUGUGAGGUCAAGCCAGCAACUCCCAACAGUCUGUUUGGAAACGAAGAACCAUGCCCUUUGGCUGAGCUUAAAUAUUCACCAAUCCACUGCAGGAUAUCGCUCUCCCUUGUAGUCAGCCAUCAUAUUGGUAUAUUUAUCGAUGAAAACCACCUGAUAAGCAAAGUCCCAAUCACUGUGUUCCUCCAGAUGCACUCUCCCCCCACCACUGACUUUACCCCCUCCCAUUUAAUCCCUCUCCCACAUCCCUGUGUACACUCUUGCCCUGUCAUCACUGACUCUACCCACUCAUUUAAUCCCCCUCCCACAGCCCAUAUACAGUCUUCCCCCCCGACAUGACUGACUCUAACCCCCCAUUUAUUUCCCUUCCCAUACUCUCACCCCAUCACUGAUUCCUAAGGAACAUUCUUUAAUAUUCUCUGUGAUAAUUAUCUGUGACAAGUCAUGCAGUUUAUGUGAGCUCAGCACCGCUGAACUCUAGCUGAAUAGUUUAUGCUAAUGACAUUUUCUGAGUCAAGCAGCGAGACUUUGACUCUGUGAAGAAUGAUGAACAGUUGCAGAGGAGCCUGAAGUAAUGGAGAACUCAAUUGUUAUGGUGUUGGACCCAAUGCCAUCUUGGCCUUGUUCAGAAGACCAAAGGGGAUAUUUGUGUGAUUGGGAAUUGGGUGUAAUAGUGACAGAUAGAACUCAGUAUAAGAUGACCACAAUGGUCCUGUGCUUGUGACUACCAUGGAAGGCUUUGGAAGGACAGAGGGUGAUGGCUAGGGUGGAGCAGGAUAUUGAUAGCAGGAUGUCGGGUUAUUAGAAUCUUAAAAAUGGAACAGUUGAGAUUGAGACGUAAUCUCAUGCAACACAGAGUAUAAAAGCAAAGUGGUAAUUCUGCUGAUAUCAAAGUUCAUUUGGAAUACCGGGUGCUGUAGUGAAUUUCACAAGUGGGAAGCAUCUCAAAUGUCUGCAGAACGGUUGAAGAUGGGAGCACAAACAUGAAGGACUCUGGGGCAACAGUGAGCUGGCAAUAUCCUGGGUUCAGAAAGCGUAGAGGCAGAGUUGGUGAUAUUGCAGAGAUUGAAGAAGGCAGUGCAUUGGGAUUGUGCUUUUGUGGAACUUAAAUGGUGUUUCCAAGGAGGACAAUGAAAUGCUGAAGGUCAUAAGCACACAAUGAAUGAAGAAACAUUUGACAGUGAAUGAGAAAGUGUUUUGCUGAUUAAUUUUCUCUGUUGUGGAAUAUAAUGUGGGAAAAUAUGAGGUUGUGCACUUUGGCAGGAAGACUCGAGGAGAUGACUAUUAUUUAAGUGGAGAAAGACUGCAGAAAGCUAUAGCACGGAGGGAUUUGCGGGAUCCUUCUACAUACAUCACAAAAAUUUAGCAUCUAGAAAGGGAAGACAAAUGGAAAAGGCAAAUGACCCCUUCUGUAAGGAAAGGUAUACUGGUGUUGGAAGCAAUCCAGAGAAAGUUCGCUAGGCUGAUACCAAUGAAGGGAUUGUCUUAUGAGGAGAGAUUGAGUAGAUUGGACUUGUAUUCAUUGGAACUUAGAAGAAUGAGACGUGACCUUAUUUGAAUGUGCAAGAUUCUUAGUGGACGCGACAGGAUAAAUAGGGCAAAUUUGUUUCCUCCUGUGGGAGAGUCUAGGACCAGAGGGUAUCAUUUCAGAGUAAGGGUUUACCCAUGUAAAACGAGGAUGAGGAGGAAUUUCUUCUUCCAGAGGGAAGUGAAUCUGUGGGAUUCUUCACCUCAGAGGGUUGUCAAUGCUGGCUGAUGAAGUAUAUUCAAGUUGUAGAGAAACAGAUUUUUAAUGAAUAAGGGAAUCAAGGGUUAUAGGGAAAAGACAGGAAAAUGCAGCUAAGGAUAAGCAAAUCAGACAUGACCUUAAAUGGUGAAGCAGACACAAUGGGCUGAAUGGCUUAUAUGUACUCAUUCAUCUUAUGGUUAAUGGGUGUGGUUGAGAAUGAGAUUGGGCCAUUGGAUUAUCAAGUACAUGAGUGAUAUAGUAAGCACAUGGAAAGGGAUUUGGGUCAUUUGGAUAUAGGGCAUGAGUGAAGAGAGGAGGCUUUGGGUUUUUCAGUUACGUAGCCAAGAGUAGGAUGUUUGAAAAGUUUAAACAGUCAGGAUAUAAAUGUCAGGAGAGAAAGAAGACAUGUUUUGCAGUUUCACAGCAGCAGUGGAAAGGAAGUCAUUUGCUUGAUUAAUUCCUGUUUAAAUCACUUCUGUGGAUGGUGAAACCAUUAAUGUGGUGUGACUGUAUAAUACUGUUGUGCGAAAUGUGAAAGGAUUCAGAUGGAAUAAAGUGAUUGAAGAGAGUG